CUGGCCUCAUAGGGAACAACUCUGUGAAGCAGGACCUUUACUCAAAUCCGUGCGAUCUACCCUGGUUACUUCCUCUCUUCAAAAUGUUUUGCGGGGAAUACGUCCAAGGAACCAUCUUCCCAGCUCCAAAUUUCAAUCCCAUGAUGGAUGCCCAAAUGCUAGGCGGAGCACUCCAAGGAUUUGACUGCAACAAAGACAUGCUGAUUGACAUCCUAACACAACGCAGCAAUGCACAGCGGCAGAUGAUAGCUGGGACCUAUCAGAGCAUGUAUGGCCGGGACCUGAUUGCAGACCUGAAGGAACAACUUUCAUCUCACUUCAAAGAAGUGAUGGUGGGCCUGAUGUAUCCUCCACCAUCUUAUGAUGCUCAUGAGCUCUGGCAUGCCAUGAAGGGAGCAGGAACUGAUGAGAAUUGCCUCAUUGAAAUAUUGGCUUCAAGAACAAAUGGGGAGAUUUUCCAGAUGCGAGAAGCCUACUGUUUACAAUACAGCAAUAACCUUCAAGAGGACAUUUACUCAGAAACCUCAGGACACUUCAGAGAUACUCUCAUGAACUUGGUCCAGGCGAACAGGGAGGAAGGAUACUCUGAUCCUGCAAUGGCUGCUCAGGAUGCAAUGGUGCUGUGGGAAGCCUGCCAGCAGAAGACUGGGGAACACAAAACCAUGAUGCAGAUGAUCCUGUGCAACAAGAGCUACCCACAACUUUGGCUGGUUUUCCAGGAAUUUCAAAAUAUUUCUGGCCAAGACCUGGUGGAUGCCAUCAAUGACUGCUACGAUGGUUACUUCCAGGAGCUGCUGGUUGCAAUUGUUCGUUGUGUCCAGGACAAACCAAGCUAUUUUGCUUAUAAAUUAUACAGGGCAAUCCAUGAUUUUGGCUUCCAUAACAAAACUGUCAUCAGGAUUCUAAUCGCCAGAAGUGAAAUAGAUCUAAUGACCAUAAGGAAACGUUACAAAGAGAGAUUUGGAAAAUCCCUCUUCCAUGACAUCAGAAAUUUUGCUUCAGGACACUAUGAGAAGGCACUGCUUGCCAUCUGUGCUGGUGAUGUGGAAGACUACUAAAAAGAGGGAGGGUUUGAAGGUGAUACAAUCUUCUUUAUACAUGCCUGAUAUAGACUGUUGAACUUGUGCUGUAUUGACACUAAAAUAGAACUAUAAAAUCGAAUUUUUCUUCUAUCUCUACAAUUAUUCUGAGACAAAAAAAAAAAAAAGACUGCUGUUGGAAAUGUGUAAUCCUGGAUUUGUAGCCCUUAUUCAAUUAGUAAUUAAUUAAAUUGUGUAUGUUAGAAUAAGAAAA